CCAGAAUCUUGUUGUUUUUUUCAAUUCCCUUCAGUCUCACCACAACGGAGGGUGAACUCGCUAAACUACGUCAGCAACUUCGAAGAAACCACCGACGCGAGGAAGAACAACAUCGACGCGAGUAAGCUGAGGAACUUGCGAUAACUUCACGACCACAAACAGUUCAGGCUUAUCUCGAGGCCUGCCACUCGCUCAGUCUUGCCAUUCAGGUCGUACCAACCGUUCCCUAACUACGCAAGACGACACGACCAACCCGACCGAUCGGAUUUUUCCUCGACGCAUUAUCCCGUGGGAUGACUUCGCAACAGCACAAGAUGAGGUCUGGGCCCAACUCAUGGACCAGCGAUUCUCUUCCCAACCCCUCUUUGCAUCCCAACAUCAACUAGACUAUGUAAUGUCUCUGGUCAGCCCUAUCAGCAGCGAAAUUGGGCUCCGGAAGUACGAACGCGAUACUGUUGAAAAGGCGGUGCGGAAUCUCGUCGACGAGGCGUACGAUAACUUGCGACUGCGUAUCGAUCUUGGCUUACAGGGAGGGAACCGUAACAUUCGAGAGCCACACGAACCUCGGCGAAACCGACAGCUUUUCCGAACACAUGCAUCGAAUGUCCAUCGAGAAGGGCGAUAAAGGCCAACCCCCGUCGAGCCGCAAUUCACAGCGUAGGGCGCGGGGGAAGUCAACCAGGCAGACCAAUUCUGCAUCGCACCUCCGACGGUCGGAACGUUCCUGCCGUGGCGAUCGAGUACAAGGCGCCGCAUAAGCUGGGGCGCAACGAGGUCGUCACAGGCCUGGCGUCCGAGAUCCAACCGGAACGUGAU